UCUCACAGGGUGGCUCCACUUUUCAUUUGAGCUCAAAUACUUUGCUGCCUCCUCUGCAGCUGCCAGACCUGCUUCUGCUGCUGCUCAGGGAGAGCAUCUGGGGAGUCCCUUGCUGACCAUUGAGAAGAUGAUGAGCUCAAGCUAUUGGAGUGAGACCAGCAGCAGCAGCUGUGGGACUCAGCAACCCCUAGAGGUGCUGCAGUGCCAGCCCCAGCAUUACCACUGCUACCACCAGUCAAGCCAACCUCAGCAGCUUCCAGAAAAAAAUGUAGUAUACGAGCGAGUGAGGACCUACAGUGGGCCCAUGAACAAGGUGGUGCAGGCCUUGGACCCCAUCAGCUCACGAGAAGUGCUCUCCCCUCUCAAAGCUGCCUCCUCCUAUCAAAACUUGGUUUGGAGCGACCAUUCCCAGGAACUCCAUUCUCCAACUUUGAAAAUUUCUACUUGUGCCCCAAGCACACUACAUAUAACCCAAAAUACUGAACAGGAACUCCAUUCUCCAACAAUGAAAGUCACUACAUACCCACAGACCACUAUUAGAAGAUAUAUAGUACAAAAUCCUGAACAGGAACCACUGUCGCCAUUCCUAAGAGGGGGCCAUUUCUUCCCAGGAAACAAUGUUAUUUAUGAAAAAACAAUAAGAAAAGUAGAGAAGCUGAAUACAGACCAGGAAUAUUAUCCUCAAGUUCAAUGCCAUCAUCACAUUGUACAACAGCCCCAGAUCAUCCACUCUACGCAAUGCCAACAGUCCCAUUCUGGCCAACAAAUACAAACUAUCACAGGAAGUGAUUCAAUUUCUACAAACACAGGAGAUGAAUUGUGCCAUAGUGGAUCAAGCCAAUUACAUGAACAGGUGUUAAUUCAGGAUGAUGGCCCAGAGAAAUUGGACCCCAAAUAUUUUGGAGAGUUGCUUGCUGAUCUAAGUCGUAAGAAUACGGAUCUGUAUCACUGCUUGUUAGAACAUUUGCAGAGAAUUGGAGGAAGCAAGCAGGACAUUGAAUCUACAGAUGAGUCAGAAGAUAUUGAGUCGUUGAUUCCUAAAGGAUUGUCAGAAUUUACAAAACAACAAAUUCGCUAUAUUCUUCAGAUGAGGGGUAUGUCUGACAAGUCACUCCGGCUAGUGCUGUCUACCUUCAGCAACAUACGAGAGGAACUUGGACAUCUUCAAAAUGACUUGACAUCACUGGAAAACGACAAGAUACGGCUUGAGAAAGACCUGGCAUUCAAAGAAACUCAAAUAAAAGAGUAUGAAGAACUCUUGGCAUCAGUGAGAGCAAAUAAUCGCCAGCAACAACAAGGGCUUCAAGACUCAAACUCAAAAUGUCAGUCAUUGGAAGAAAAUAAUCUCUCUCUCCGGCAUACACUUUCAGACAUGGAAUAUAGACUAAAAGAACUGGAAUAUUGUAAACGUAAUUUAGAGCAGGAGAAUAAAAACCUUAGAAUACAGGUUUCUGAGACUUGCACAGGCCCUAUGCUGCAGGCUAAAAUGGAUGAGAUUGGCAGCCAUUAUAUGGAGAUGGUAAAAAAUUUGAGACUGGAAAAAGAUAGAGAGAUCUGCAAGCUAAGGUCACAAUUAAACCAGUACCAAAAAGAUGUUUCAAGAAGAGAAGGAAGUUGUAGUGACUUCCAAUUCAAGCUUCAUGAACUGACAAGCUUGCUUGAAGAGAAAGAUUCUCUGAUAAAGCGUCAGUCAGAGGAACUCUCGAAAUUGAGACAAGAAAUAUAUUCAUCUCACAACCAACCCUCCAGUAGUGGAAGGACUACCAUCACCACUAAAAAGUACAGAACACAAUAUCCAAUCCUGGGGCUCCUGUAUGAUGACUAUGAAUAUAUACCACCAGGUAGUGACACACAGACUAUUGUGAUUGAGAAAACAGAAGACAAAUGGACUUGUCCAUGAAUGAUCCAUUUUAAAAUACUACAACUCAAAGGAGGUUUUUAAUGUUUUCAUUAGUACUUCAGUUGUUUUUCCAUCAGUAAAGGCCAAUCAAAAAUGUUAACCAUGCUACUACCAAUGAAUCUAAUGGAAUGAAUUAGCUCUACAGAUGACAGUUUCUCCAUUUAUGAGACCUGAAUCUCCUCUAUAAAUUUUCUUUCUUCAAUAUAACAAUAUGCAAGCUAAAAGGGGGAAUCCUCUUAUUUAAACUGAUUGCAGACACUGCAAAAUAUAACUUGUUGGUUUUUCAGAUAGUAUACUUCCUAGAUAUUGAACUGAUUUAUUGGGGUAUAAAUUUCACAAGUUAUCCCAUUAGAAGAUGUUCUCUGAUAUUAGAUAUUCAAUUCAGGUAUAGGAUUAAAUAUAACUUUUAACAAAAGAGGCAAAGAUGUUUAACAAACACAACAUAAGUAGUGCAUGAUAUAUACAGCCUAUAUUUACCUUUCUCACAUUAAGCCUUGUGACUAAAAGAGAUUCUUUCUGCCACGCUAUUUCCACCUCUUGGAGACAUAAUUAAAUCAAAGGUGAUAGUUAAUUUUAUUUAGCAGGGAUGUGGGAUAGUAUCUUUUUAAAUAACACAAUCCAUUAAUUUGUACAUUAUGCUAUUAUGAUUUUCAGUAUAUAUCAUUGCCCAAGCAAUCUGUUCUUUCAAAGUCUAUCCUCCUAAAAUGAGCCCAUCCACCUCCUUAAAAACAUAAGCACUAUAUCGUAGUAGUGGGUGGAAGGUAAACUUUUUCAUAGUGAUAUACAAAUAGAACAGUGAAAUGCUGUAUAAAGUCUUGAUUAAAAGUAGCAAGAAAAAUACUUGAUAGCAUCAUACUUGGGAAAAAUAUUUUAUAGGAUAAUAUUUAAUGUACUUAGAAGUUGUUUAAUUGGGUUCUAACGACCUUACAAAGUGAACACAGUAAUUUUAUAAAUACAAGAAUGUAAUUUCCUAAUUUCAACCCAUUUGGCUAACUUUACAACUCAGCAACAUUAAAAUGUUGCAUUUGUCAAAGUAUAGAUUAAAUCAACAGAUGUUUGUGUUGCAUAUGAAUAAAAUUUUGCAGUGAAGUAUCUUUACAAAUAUCUACAUUAAAUUGUUAUGACUUAGAAUUAUAACAUAAUAAUUACUCAUGUAGUAGAAACCAUUAACAUAAGAACAGAUGAUGCACUGUACUAAAUUAUAAAUAAGAAAAUGUUUUUAAUAUUCUUUAAUAAAAAUGCUUAUAUGUCUUAAUAUGAUGCUAAAAGCUUUAUAUUAAUAUUUUGGCUAAAAUUUCAAGCUCUGUAACAUGAAUUGAUACAGUUCUAAUUCUUUCACUAUUUUGCUCUAUGAAAUGUUAAUACUCUAAAUGAACUACAUUGUCUUUACAUUUUUUGUCCUUGGUGUAGCAGUAACAGAGCAGUUACUUGUCUGGUAGCUACUCAUAUAUGUAACUGGAAGCAAAGUUAACCAUUCUUUACAAAUGACUUAGGAUAAGUUUUUAUUAGUUUGAUUUAAAACUGCUACCACUACUGUUUGAAAAUAAGAACAGGUGUGAUUUUUCCAAAAUAUAAAAAAAAAUAGAAACAAACAAACAAACAAAAACCCAAAACCCAGGGUCCAUAAUGGGAAGCAGUUAAGUCAGAACUUCAUUGUCUCACUCCAUCCAUAAACAGUGACUAGGGAUCAUAAAAACAGUUAAAUGUUGACCACUGAAAUAUAUGGAGAGGAAAUAGAUAUGUAUUUCUUUUCCAAUUUGUGUUGUUAAACAGGACUAGUUGUGAUGCCGUUUCCUCUCACAAGUUUUACAUAGCUUAUCUAUGAAAACUGCAAAGAUUUCAGGUGAGAAAUGCCUAAUUUUUAUUCCAGUAUGUUUUUGCCAUAGAUUUAUCAAAUAAAAUGGAAACUGUGCAAUGACAUGCAAUGUAAUUUCUUUAUGUAUCUAAAUAAAUAAUGUGAAGUAUCUAUAUGAUCUUUGUGGAAGCAUUAGUAGGAAAUGUACAAGGAAGGAUUUUUUGCUUAGCUAUUUUUCUCAAGAAAUUCUUAUGUGAAUGUUUAUGUUGGAGCUAACAAACACCAUUUUCGUUAAGAAAACAAAACCAAAACAGAAAACUUCCCAAUGUGAAGACAGUGUUUAAGCAUAGCAUAGUGUACGCCCUUCCGUUGAUGCAAAUUUCUCCUUUAAUCGAGAAUGUCUGUGCUUACAAACCUAGUUUUUUAAGUUCCACAAGUCACUUGUUUAAAACAUGAUUCCAUGAAGCAUUCUUCACAUCCUUGUAAUGGUACUUCAAUUGUAUUAGUUUUUCUUAUCAUGGAUAGUACAAAAGAACAAAAUAAAGCUUUAAAAAUUAAUUGCAUCUCACUACCCAAUUUAGAUCAUCUUAAUGAAAAAACAUCCUCAUACUAGUUCCCAUUAUUGCAAUCUAUAAAGAUGACAUAUUUCUUUUGAAAGUAAAUAAUAUGCUGUGAAAGUGUUUCCUUACAAGGUACACGUUUCUUACCACAUGCUAGUACUAAAUUUAUUGAUAUUUUUGUCUUGAAAAUGCAAAAUAUUUCCUGCUCACCCUGGGAUAAAUAAAAAGUAAAAAAUGUAAUAAGCAAUUAUAUCAUUUGUAAUAAAACAUUCAACAAUAUUUACUCCAGAAUAUGACAUACCUCUUUUUAACCUAGAAAAGGAGCACUGGAAUUGCUGAUAGCCAGACGUCUUGGUAAUAUUUGUCUCUUGUAGACAAUGUUUGUUUAAGUACAUGGUUUUUGUUUGCUUUUCUAUUCCACAUUAAAGUAAUUCUCUGCUGUGGCCUGGGAGUGCAGUGGAGGAUGGCCCAGGUCCUUGGGCCCUGCACCCGCAUGGGAGACCAGGAGGAUGCACCUGGCUCCUGGCUUUGGAUAGGCGCAGCACACCGGCCGCAACACACCAGCCAUAGCGGCCACUUGCGGGUGAACCAACGGAAAAAGGAAGACCUUUCUAUCUGUCUCUCUCUCUCUCUCACUGGGAAAGCAGUGGAAGAUGGCCCAAGUCCUUGGGCCACCGCACCUGCAUGGGAGACCUGGAAGAAGCAUCCUGACUCCUGGCUUCCAAUCUGCUCAGCUACAGCCGUUUCAGCCAUCUGGGGAGUGAACUAGUGGAUGGAGGACCUUUCUCUCUCUCUUUCUCUCUCUCUCUCUCUCCCUCUCUCUCCUGUAACUCUGCCUUUAAAAUAAAUAAAUAAAUCUUUAAAAAAUAAUAAUAAAAUCUUCAUUUUUGAAGUUUA